GCUCGGGUCCAGCAAGGCACCAUUUUGUCGUGGCUGCCCGCUCUCCCAGGGGGGAGGAGGGAUCUUUUUUUUUGCAUUUCGGAGCGGCUGCCAAUGAGGGGAACCUGUUGGGCAUCUCCCCAGCCCGGCUUGUGAGCGCCUCCUGGGGCGGCGGGCGGGACCAGACCCCUCGGGGCACGGCGCAUCUUGGCACCCCGGAGGCGGAGGCGGCGGAGGCAGGCGCAGCAUCCUCGCUGGGAAUUGGAGCUGGAGUGAGCGCACCGCGCGCGGGAGGAGCCGCCGCAGCCUCGGAGAUCCCGGGCGGAGGAGGUGACAGCUCCAUUGCCGGGUUUUUAUUUUUUUUCUCUCUCCGCCUCCCCCGUCUCCUCCUCAGGCUCGGACCAUGGUGCAGUCCCACUGGCUCCCCUGCCCCCCUCUCCUGUGAGACUGGCUGCGGGGAGGGAACAUGGAUACUUGUCUGCCGGCUUCUGGUUCCCACGCAAGUAAGCCUGCUGUCAAUGGAGGAGGACAUUGAUACCCGCAAAAUCAACAACAGUUUCCUGCGCGACCACAGCUAUGCGACCGAAGCUGACAUUAUCUCUACGGUAGAAUUCAACCACACGGGAGAAUUACUAGCGACAGGGGACAAGGGGGGUCGGGUUGUAAUAUUUCAACGAGAGCAGGAGAGUAAAAAUCAGGUUCAUCGUAGGGGUGAAUACAAUGUUUACAGCACAUUCCAGAGCCAUGAACCCGAGUUCGAUUACCUGAAAAGUUUAGAAAUAGAAGAAAAAAUCAAUAAAAUAAGAUGGCUCCCUCAGCAGAAUGCAGCCUACUUCCUUCUGUCUACUAAUGAUAAAACUGUGAAGCUGUGGAAAGUCAGCGAGCGUGAUAAGAGGCCAGAAGGCUACAAUCUGAAAGAUGAGGAGGGCCGGCUGCGAGAUCCUGCCACCAUCACUACCUUGCGGGUGCCUGUCCUGAGACCCAUGGACCUGAUGGUGGAGGCCACCCCGCGAAGAGUAUUUGCCAACGCGCACACAUAUCACAUCAACUCUAUAUCAGUCAACAGCGACUAUGAAACCUACAUGUCAGCUGAUGACCUGAGAAUUAACCUAUGGAACUUUGAAAUAACCAAUCAAAGUUUUAAUAUCGUGGACAUCAAGCCGGCCAACAUGGAGGAGCUCACGGAGGUGAUCACGGCGGCCGAGUUCCACCCCCACCACUGCAACACCUUCGUGUACAGCAGCAGCAAGGGGACCAUCCGGCUGUGUGACAUGCGGGCGUCGGCGCUGUGUGACCGGCACACCAAGUUUUUUGAAGAGCCAGAAGAUCCAAGCAACAGGUCAUUUUUCUCUGAAAUUAUCUCUUCAAUUUCGGAUGUGAAGUUCAGCCACAGUGGGAGGUAUAUCAUGACCAGAGACUAUCUGACCGUCAAAGUCUGGGAUCUCAACAUGGAAAACCGCCCCAUCGAGACUUACCAGGUUCACGACUACCUCCGCAGCAAGCUGUGCUCCCUCUAUGAAAAUGACUGCAUUUUUGAUAAAUUUGAGUGUGUGUGGAAUGGGUCAGACAGUGUCAUCAUGACAGGCUCCUACAACAACUUCUUCAGGAUGUUUGACCGAAACACCAAACGCGAUGUUACCCUUGAGGCCUCGAGGGAAAACAGCAAACCCCGAGCUAUCCUAAAACCACGCAAAGUGUGCGUGGGGGGCAAGCGGAGAAAAGAUGAGAUCAGUGUCGACAGUCUGGACUUUAGCAAAAAGAUCUUGCAUACAGCUUGGCAUCCUUCAGAAAAUAUUAUAGCAGUGGCGGCUACAAAUAACCUAUAUAUAUUCCAGGACAAGGUUAACUAGGAGGACAAGUUAUUACUUAAUAAUCUCACAUACUGAAUACUAGUCAAACACGUUUUUAAAUGUUUCUUUGGGUGUUCAUUUGAUGCAUCGACUUUUAAUUUCCCUCUGCAGGAGACAAUUGGAAUUGAAGUCCAUGGAGUCCAACCUUCCCACAUCCCCAGUUCUAAGAAACUUUUGUCAAACCCAGUAGGUUCUGGGACACUUCUGUUUAGAAUCGAGAGCUGCCAGCUAACAGUAAUUCUUCCAUAGUUGACUUGAAUUUCUGAUGCUUUUAUUGCCCCGUUUUCUCUGGUGGGUCCAGUGUUUUGUUUCUAGGUGUCUGCUGAGAUAAAAUGAGGUUGUCUGUAGUAUUUAAAGAGAAAAGAGAUAAGUUUUUUUUAAUUAAGCAAUUCCAUUUGAUUGAAAAAAAAAUUCAACGAAAAAUAAACACUGUUUACUCUUA